AUGGAGGGCUGCCUGGGGGAGGAAUCUUUUCAGAUGUGGGAGCUCAACCGGCGCCUGGAGGCCUACCUGGCGCGGGUGAAGGCCCUAGAGGAGCAGAAUGAGCUGCUCGGCGCGGAGCUCGGAGGCCUCCGGGCACAGACCGGGGACGCCUCCUGGCGCGCCCGUGCCGACGACGAGCUGGCGGCCCUGCGGGCCCUCGUCGACCAGCGCUGGCGGGAGAAGCACGCGGCCGAGGUGGCGCGCGACAACCUGGCGGAAGAGGUGGCGGGCGUGGCAGGCCAGUGCCAGCAGCAGAGGCUGGCGCGGGAGCGGGCGGCGGCCGAGGCGGCCCGCAUCCGGCGUGCGGCCGAGGCCGAGAAGUGCGCCCAGACCCGGCUGAGCGCCCGGGCGGCGGAGCUGGAGCGCGAGCUGGAGGUGGCGUGCGCGGCGCACGAGGAGGAGCGCGCGGUCCUGAGCGCCCGGCCCCGCGCCCCCAGCCGCCCCGCCGCGCCCCGCGGGCCCCCCGUGCCCGCCCCGGAGCUGGAGGAGCUGGCGCGGCAGCUGGGCGACGCGUGGCGCGGGGCGGUGCGCGGCUACCAGGAGCGCGUGGCGCGCAUGGAGACGUCGCUGGGCCAGGCCCGCGAGCGCUUGGGCCGCGCGGUGCAGGGCGCCCGCGAGGGUCGCCUGGAGCUGCAGCAGCUGCAGGCGGAACGUGACAGCCUCCGGGAGCGCAGGGCCGCGCUGGAGCAGAGGCUGGAGGGCUGCUGGCAGGAGCGGCUGCGUGCCACCGAGAAGUUCCAGUCCACUGUGGAGGCUCUGGAGCAGGAGAAGCUCGGCCUGCAGGGCCAGACCGCCCAGGUGCUGGCAGGUCGGCGGCAGCUGGCAGAGCUCCAGAUGUCCCUCAGCCUGGAGGUGGCUACCUACAGGACCCUCCUAGAGGCUGAGAAUUCCAGGCUGCAGACCGCUGGUGGUGUUUCCAAGGCUUCUCUCUGCUUCCAGGACCCUAAGCUGGAGCUGCAUUUCCCUGGGACCCCAGAGGGCCGGCAUCUGGGACCUUUGCUCUCUGCCCUGAGCCCUACUUCCCUCUCCUUGCCCUUGCCUGAUACCCUUGAGACACCUGUGCCAGGCUUUCUGAAGAGCCGAGAAUUCCUCCAGGCCCGUACCCCAACCCUGGCCAGCACCCCCAUCCCCCCCACACUUCCGGCUCCCUGCACUGCUACAGAUGCAGAGAUCAGAACCCAGGAUGCCCCCCUCUCCCUGCUCCAGCCACAGAUUGGGAGGGAGCAGGCCCCAGAAGCUAUGCGGGCCCUGGCCAUCCCUUCCAGCAUUCUGCCAGGACCAGAGGAGCCUGGGGGCGAGCAACAAGAGGUCUGUACUGGCCAGUCUUCUGAGGAUCACACCUCCUUGGCCCCGCCCCUCAGCCCAGACCCCUGUAGCUUAGAGGCCAAAGGGAGAGAACCCAGUGAGUCUAGAAUGGCUAGCAGAUUCCAGGACGAAGGUGAAGGGCAAAUCUGGGGGCUGGCAGAGAAAGAAACCGCCACAGAGGUCAAAAUGGUGAACAGUUUGCAGCAGGAAACACAGCAAGAAGAUGGGGGACUGAACAUGAAGGAGAUCCAGGACUCCCAGGGUCCUUUGGAAGAAGAAACUCUGAAGUCUGUGGAAGAGGAAAUUCAAGAGCCACUGAUGUCUCUGGAAAAACAGAGCCACGAGACACUGAGAUCUCUAGAGGAGAAUCCAGAAUCUCUGAGGUCUUUAGAAGAAGAGAGGUUAGACACAUCAAAGGGUCUAGAAAAGGAGAAUCAAGAGCUAUUGACAUCUUUAGAAGAGAAGGAUGCAGAAGUAGUGAGACCUCUAGAAAAAGAGACUCAAGGGCUACUUAAACCUGUAGGAAAAGAGGACCCACAGACAUUGCAAUCUCUAGAAAAGGAGAAUCGAGAACUAAUGGGGUCUCUUGAAGGUAAUGUAGAGACAUUUUUAUAUCCAGAAAAGGAAAAUCAUGUGUUAGUAAGGUCUCUAGAAGAGAACUUUGAGUCGAUGAGAGAUUCAGAAAAGGAGAAUCAAGAGCCAUUGAGAUCUCUAGAAGAUGAGAAUCUAGAGAACUUGAGACUACUAGAAAAAGAAAACCAAGAGUCUCUCAACUCUCCAGAAGGUGAGAAGCAUAAGACCUUGAGACCUCCAGAAAAAGAGAACCAAGAACCAGUGAGGUGUCUAGAAAAGGACGACCAAGGGACAUUGAGGCCUCUAGAAAAAGAGAACCAGGAUUCCUUGAGGUCUCUAGAAGAAGAGGACCAGGAAUCAGUGAGACCUCUAGAAGAAGAAUACCAGGAGCCAGUGAGGUCUGUAGGAGAAGAAGACCAGGCAACAUUAAGACCUCUAGAAAAGGUGAAACCAGAGCCACAAAUGUCUCUCGGAAAAGACCAGGAGAUAUUUAGAUCUCUUGAAAAUGAGAAUCAACAGUUAUUAUGGUUCCUAAAAGAAGAGAGCAGCAAGACAAUGAGAUCUUCAGAGUCAGAGAAUCUAGAACCACCAAAGUCUGCAGGAGACGAUUUGGGAAUAUUGAAAUCUCUAGAAACUCAAGAGCCACUGUGGUCUCCAGAAGAAAUGAAUCAGGAGACAACGAAACCUCUAGACAAGGAAAUUCAAGAACCACUGGAGUCUGUGGAAGACGGCCGGGAGACACAGAGGCCUCUAGAAAAGGAGGCUUGGGAAUCACUGGGCCGUGUGGGCAAGUGGAACCUAGAGAAUCGGGGGCCUCCAGAAGAGCUGGGUCAGGAAAGUCAAAGGUCCCCGACUGAGGAAGAGACCCCCGCACAGACGGGGGACCCAGAGCCGCUGAGGUCUCUGAAAGAGGCAGGACAGCAGUCGCCAUGGAGUGCCCACCAGCAGGGGUGGGACGACGCGCUGGGGGGUGGAGAACGGGAUCAGGAUUCGCCCCCUGGCAGGGCAGCGGCAGGCCAGGAAGCUGAGGCAAAGCCUGUCGUGAGGGAGUCGGGUGGCUUCAUGGGGAAGGAGGAGCCUGAGGGAUGUGGACAGCUGUGGCUGGCGGCCGCAGGGGAGGCCCGGAGUGCUGGCGAGGGGCAUCCGGGGAGCCCGGAGCCCCAAGAGCAGAGAGCGCCAGUUGAGGGAGCCAGUGGGGAGGGAGGCACUGAGGGCUUCCUGGACCCCGAAGGGCCACCAGAGCAAGUCUGGGCACCAGGCAUCCAACCUGCCCAGGGAGUGUCUGAGGCGAGAGAGCUGGUGUUGGAAGGUGGACAUGAGUCCCCCGGGGGGGACCAGGCUUCCCCAGAGGUCACUUUGGGGUUAGGGACAGCUGCGGGCGAGUCUGCCGCGGGAAGCUGGCAGGGACCAGAGUGGGAGGUGGGGGGGCUGGAGGACCCAGGCUGCCCGGCCAGAGAGGAGGGGACGACACCACCCACAGGCAAGGAGGGUUUGGAGGGAGAGAGGAGGCAGGGCUCGGAACGGUCCAGAGAGGACCCAGAGGAGGCAGCUGCUCUGGACCCAGAGCUUUCCACCCUGUCCAGGAGGAGCGUGGACCCCCUGGAACCUUCCAGGGGCCGGGAAGAGGCAGAGCUGGAGGCCCCCUGGGGAGCAGAGUCCGGGCUCCCCGCCGAGACCGAGGGCCCUUCUCACACGGGAAGCAGUAGGGGUGCCCCUCAGCCCGGGCCCCUGGUGUUGGAGGAAGCAGGAGAGGCAGAGCUAGUGCUGGGGCCCACUGAGCCCCGGGCGCCCACCCCUAUCCCUGGAGAUGCCCCUGGGCUCCAACUCCUGGCUGAGGGGAGCCGGGAGGCUGACUUGGGGCUGGAGGGCAGAGCGGAGGCUCUGGGAGGGGUGGAGGGGGAGCAGGAGGGCUUGGAUUCUGAGGGCAGCGCUGAGGAUCUCCAGGAGGGGGAGGAGAACAGAGAAGACAGCGAGGCUGACGAACUUGGGGAAACUCUUCCAGACUCCACUCCCCUGGGCCUCUAUCUCCAGUCCCAGGCCUCCCCCAGGUGGGAUCCGGUUGGAGAGCCGAGGCCCUCCCCGCAAGGGGAGGCCAGAAAGGAAGGCUGGGGUCCUUCUGUCCCGGCCUCUGAGGGCUGUGGGGCCCAGCGAGGGGGCGAGGAGGAGGAGGAUGAGGACGAGAACAAGGAGGAGGAGGAGGAAUGCGGUCAGGAAUCUGACUUGUCGGAGGAGUUUGAGGACUUGGAGACUGAGGCUUCUCGCCUUCCCGGGGUCCCCAGGGAGGCUGUGGAACCUCUGGGCCGAGCUCCUGAGCCUGCAGCCUGGGCCCGGGAGGGCGAGUCUGAUGGGUUUGCGGAUGAGGAAGAGAGUGGGGAGGAGGGAGAGGAAGACAAAGAGGAAGAGGAUGGGGGGGAGCCAGGGGCUGGCCGGUGGGGUCCAGGGUCCUCUGUCGGCCCCCUCCCGGCCCUGAGUGGCCCUCAGAGAGGGAGCUUCCCGGGGUUUGAGACCACAGAUGCCACCGUCCCCUGGGAUGAUGGCAUGAGGGACUCGGCAGCUGAUGUCCGGAGAACCACCCUGGACACUGAGUCCCAGGACAGCUCGGAGCCCUUGGGCUUGGACGGGGAGUCUGGCCCUGUUUCCCUGGAGAGGGAGGACCAGGUCCCCGACCCUCUGGGAACACUCGGUGGGGUGGGGAACAGCCUGGGUGUCCAUGGCCAGGGCCCCAGCCUGAAGGAGGAGUUAGAGCGUGUGAGUGGGGGGGUGGUAAACGGGCUGAAGCAGUCUGAGGGAGGAGGGCAGGGGAAACUGGGGGGCCCCGAGGGGGACCCAGGCAGCCCCUUGGAGGAGCAGGACAAUGAGGGGGGUGCCCUGAAGUCCCCUUGGGCAGGACCUCCUCUUCACCUGGGCGUGGGCCAGUUCCUGAAGUUCACACCGAGGGAUGAUGUCGACUCCUGGUCCUCAGGGGAGGACUAGAGAGAGCUCCUCGCUCGCUGAGGACUCGGGGGGUGUGUGCGUGUUGGGGGGGUCCCUAAGUCCCCUCCCUGCUCAGAGGCAGCACUCCUUAAGUUAUGAUCCCUCAACCCGUGGCUUCUGUCCCAGAGGCCUGGCCGGCCAGGGUGAAGCAGGGGUGAGUCCUGAGGACAGAGGCCCCGGCAUGCACCCCAGCCCGCAGACCCUGCCAUCCCAGGAGGCUCCAGCCGGCUGAACCACCGUAGGACUAGGCCCCUUUCCUCCCACACCCCUUCUCCCCUCCUGUCCUCUGGGAAGGGCUCCCCCCAGGGGAGGGGGCUGUG